UACCUAUCACACUUCGUUUCUGCCACAAUCAAAGAUGGGCAGCGGAAAGAAAGAAGCUGCUCGCAAAGAGCGCCAGGGAAAGGUUGGAGAUGGGAUGGCAAAUGUCAAAGUCAAGGGCGAGAACUUCUACCGAGAUGCAAAGAAGUUAAAAGUUCUCAAUCGAUUUAAAGAGGGCAAAGCACAGAGAAACGCUGCCGGUAAGAUCACCAAGGCAGCUGCCUAUCAGUCAAGAGAUGUCCCGACCGCUCGAGUUGAACCGAACAGAAAAUGGUUCCAAAACUCGCGUGUCAUAUCGCAAGAGUCUCUAAGCGCAUUUCGAGAGGCCGUAGCUCAACAGACCUCGGACCCAACCUCCUACCUGCUGAAGACAAAUAAAUUGCCCAUGUCCCUUAUCCGCGACAAUGACCACAAACCUAAUGGGCUCAAGCAGCAUAAAGCAAAAAUGGUUAUUGAGACAGAGUCCUUCAAGGACACAUUUGGUCCAAAGGCCCAGCGAAAACGGGUUAAACUCGGUCUAAGCAGUUUCGACGAUCUUGUCAGCCACAAUGAGAAAAUUUAUGACACGUACACUGAGCGGUUGGAGGAGGCGAAAUUGCUCAGUGGAAAAUCUGGCGAGGAGAAAGUCGAUGAUGGCGAUGCUGCGGACUGGAACUAUGGCACAGCAACAUUGUCUAAGGAAGCAAUUUUCUCCAAGGGACAAAGCAAGCGCAUAUGGAACGAGUUAUACAAAGUUCUGGACUCCUCAGAUGUUGUGCUCCACGUUCUCGAUGCAAGGGAUCCGUUAGGCACACGGUGUCGCGCUGUGGAGAAGUAUUUGAAGGAGGAAGCGCCACAUAAGCACUUGGUCUUCAUACUGAACAAAUGCGACCUAGUUCCCACGAAAGUUGCGGCCCAAUGGGUUAAAUUGCUCUCCAAAGAGUAUCCCACCCUCGCCUUCCAUGCUUCCAUCACGAACUCUUUCGGCAAGGGCUCGCUCAUCGCCCUUCUACGGCAAUUCGCUGUCCUCCACGCAGAUCGGAAGCAAAUAUCAGCUGGUUUUAUCGGCUAUCCUAAUAGUGGAAAAUCUUCUAUCAUUAAUACUCUUCGCAAGAAGCCAGUGUGCAAGACCGCUCCAAUACCAGGCGAAACCAAAGUUUGGCAGUACAUUACGCUUACCAGGAGAAUUUAUCUUAUCGAUUGUCCCGGCGUGGUACCCCCGAACGCAAAUGACACACCCGAGGAUAUCUUGCUCAGGGGUGUGGUCCGAGUAGAGAACGUAGAGUAUCCUGCUCAGUAUAUUGAUGCACUUUUAAGGAAAUGUGAGAAGAGGCAUGUUUUGAGAACAUACGACUUGAAGGAUUUUAGAGAUUCAGAGGAUUUCUUAGAUCAGCUUGCACGGAAGACAGGAAAGCUCUUAAAGGGUGGAGAAGCGGACAUGGACACCGUUGCUAAGAGCGUCGUCAACGAUUUCUUGAGGGGAAGACUACCGUGGUUUGUAGCACCGCCUCAUAAUGAUACCGAAGAUGGUGAGAAAGAAGACGGCGGAAUGGAAGGCAGGAAGGGACGGCUCGGUGAGAUGAGCGCCGGUGUGAAGAGGAAGCGUACCGAGACCAGUCAGUCAGAUAGUGCUGUUGACGCUGAAACUGCCGAAGAAGGUGACACAUCGGAGGAUGAUGGAAAGGAAGGUAGCGAAGACGACGAAGAUGACAGCUCUGUUGUCGACAGCGAGGAUGGCGAUGAAUUCGUUGGAUUCGAUGGAGAUGGAAGCGAACAUGAUUCUGGCGGAGUGGUGCUACCGUCUAGCAUAGGCAAUCUGGAUGCUUUUGCUGAUGAAGAAGACGAAGAGAGCGAGGAGAGCGGUGGCGGAGCUGAGGACGCCGGAAUAAGUACUUCAUCUGAUGACGUCAAGGAUUUGGACGACGAAGACCAUGAUACCCAAAAGAAAAAGAGACGAAUACACUAGAUAGUCUGCUAGGAUCUCAACAUACGCUAUGACUUGCAGGUACUAAUGGAUGGCAAUUGUCGUCUCCGUCUUGUGAUUGCAUUGCAGCUAACGUAAUCAUUCACCUUUCUUCAGAAGCAUAGACAGGAAAUUUGAAUCCUAUAUUUGUGAUCA